AUGGAGCUAGGAGGAGCUUUUACCAUCUUUUUGACACUAUGCUUGACUUGCUUGAUUCUCCUCAUUGCCUGGAAAAGAGCCGACAAGGGAGGAAAGCUGCCCCCAGGCCCCACACCACUCCCUUUCCUUGGGAACAUGCUGCAAAUUGGCUAUAAUAAGACUUAUGAGUCUUUAUUGAAGCUCCACAAGAAAUAUGGUCCAGUAUUCACUGUAUACAUGGGCCCUCGGCCAGUAGUUGUUUUAUGCGGUUAUGAUGCAUUAAAGGAGGCCCUGGCUGACCAAGGAGAUUAUUUCAAUGGACGUGGAGAAAUGCCUUCAGUAGACCGAAACUUCCAAAGUUAUGGUGUAGCUAUGGCCAGUGGUGAGCGAUGGAAGAUUCUUCGACGCUUUUCCCUGAGUAUUCUUCGGGACUUUGGAAUGGGAAAACGGAGCAUUGAGGAACGUAUCCAAGAGGAGGCUGGCUUCCUACUGGAGGAACUUCGGAAGACCAAAGGUGCCCCAAUUGACACUACCCUCUACCUGAGCCGCACUGUCUCCAAUGUGAUCAGUUCUAUUGUCUUUGGAAGCCGGUUCGACUAUGAGGACAAGCAGUUCCAGACUUUGCUAGCUAAGAUAAAUGAGAGUUUCACUGAGAUGAGCCGCCCUUGGGCACAGCUAUAUGAGAUGUACUCUGGAAUCAUGAAGUAUUUGCCAGGAAGACACAAGUAUUUGUACAACUUGAUAGAGGAGAUAAAGGAGUUCGCUGUACAAAGGAUCAAAAUCAGUGAAGCAUCUUUCAAUCCCCAAAACCCUCAGAACUUCAUUGACCAUUUCCUCAUCAAGAUGCACCAGGAAAAAAAUAAUCCAGACACAGAAUUCAACACCCAGAACUUGAUCACCACUACUGUCAACCUCUUCUUUGCUGGCACAGAAACAGUGAGCUCUACACUACGUUAUGGAAUCCUGCUGCUAAUGAAGCACCCUGAUGUAGAAGCCAAGGUUUAUGAAGAAAUUAGGCAAGUGAUUGGACCACACAAGAUCCCAAGUGUCAAUGACCGGCCCAAGAUGCCCUACACAAAUGCUGUCAUCCAUGAAAUACAGAGAAUGACAAACAUUGUUCCCAUGGGUGUCCCUCAUGUUGUCACCCAGCAUACUCAUUUCCGAGGAUAUUUCCUCCCCAAGGGUACAGAUGUGUACCCCUUAAUUGGUUCAGUCCUCCAAGAGCCCAAAAACUUCCGCUACCCAAAUGUCUUCUAUCCCCAACAUUUCCUGGAUGAGCAAGGAUGCUUCAAGAAGAAUGAAGCCUUCAUACCCUUUUCUCAUGGAAAGCGUAACUGUCUGGGGGAGAGCUUGGCCCGUAUGGAACUCUUCAUCUACUUCACCGCCAUCAUUCAGAACUUCUCCUUACGUUCUGUGGUACCCCUUGCUGAGGUUGAUAUUACUCAUCAGAUCUCUGGCUUUGGCAACAUCCCCCCACCUUAUCAGGUCUGCUUCAUAGCCCGAUGA